AUGGGUCCGACAACAUUAACAUCAGUGAGCGCUGAGGUUGUUGACAAGGUUGAAAUCAAGACUGCGUUGGUCUCGGUCUUUGAUAAGAUUGGACUGGAAGACCUCGGCAAGUUCCUGGCUGCGAAAGGGGUUCAUAUUCUUUCGACGGGCGGCACUGCCGCAAAGUUGAGGGAUCUGGGUUGCACUGUUCAAGAUGUUGCCGACUACACAGGGUCACCUGAGAUUUUGGAUGGUCGCGUGAAGACGCUACAUCCAAAGGUCCAUGGCGGUCUUCUUGCUGCCCGCGGUAAUGCUGGACACGAGGCGGAAAUGGAGAAGCACAGUAUCCGCAAAAUAGAUUUGGUUGUUGUCAACCUUUAUCCUUUUCAAGAAGCUGUGGCAAAAGGAGGCGACUUUGCUACUUGCAUUGAGAACAUUGACAUUGGUGGACCAGCCAUGAUCAGAGCAUCUGCCAAGAACAAUGCGGCUGUGACCAUCCUGACCAGCCCUUCUCAGUAUUCUAAGUUCAUGACAGAGCUUAGUGACAACAGUGGAUGCACAACCUUUAGCUUCAGAAAGAACAUGGCAGCUGCUGCAUAUACGCUGACGUCGGCCUAUGAUUCAGCUGUGAGUGGAUGGCUUUCAGGGGAGGUUACAGAGCCUCCCACCAAGAAGACCAUCACUUUUGAGACCGGGCCGGGAUACAUCAACUUGCUGGACGCGAUCAAUGCCUGGCAAUUGGUUCAUGAGCUUGCUAAAGCCACAGGCUUGCCUGCUGCGGCUUCCUUUAAACAUGUCAGUCCAGCUGGUGCAGCAAUUGGAGUCCCGCUGAGUGAUGAGGAGAAGAUUGUGUAUGAAGUCAAAGAUAAGGAAAUGACGGCCACUGCUGCAGCGUACGUUCGAGCCCGAAAUGCUGAUCCCAUGUGCUCCUUCGGUGACUUUGUGGCCAUUUCACACGAAGUUGACGUGGCCACUGCAAUGAUUUUGAAGAUAGAAGUCAGCGAUGGCAUCAUUGCUCCUUCCUUCGUGCCAGAAGCAUUGGAAGUGUUGAAGGCGAAGAAGGGUGGCAAGUUCAUUGUUUUGAAGGCUGAUCCAAACUUUCAGUACUCUGACCUGGAGUAUCGGAUGGUUGGUGGUGUGGGCUUCAUGCAGAAGAGGAAUGAUGCACUCUUCGAUGCCUCCAAGCUGGCAGAGGUUGUUACAACCCAGAAGACUUUGCCAGACAAGGCACAGAAGGACCUUAUUUUGGCUUCCAUCGCCAUUAAGUACACACAAUCCAAUUCGGUUGGCUACAGCAAGGAUGGCAUGAUGAUUGGCGUGGGUGCGGGUCAGCAGAGCCGUGUUGACUGCGUGAAGCUCGCUGGCCGGAAAGUUGCAACAUGGUGGUUGAGGUUCCAUCCGAAGGUCAAGGGCCUGCCUUUCAAAGAAGGUGUCAAGCGACAGGAUCGAGUCAAUGCAAGGGUGCGCUACAUCGAGGGUGAUAUGGAAGACGCUGAGAAGACCGAGUGGCUGAAGAACUUCAAUUCACCGCCAGAACCCUUGACAGCGGAAGACAAAAGCACUUUUUUGAAAGGCCUCGAUGGAGUUGCAAUCUCAUCUGACGCCUUCUUCCCCUUCCGGGACUCGAUAGAUCAUGCUACAAGGUUGGGUGUGAAAUAUGUGGCUCAACCUGGUGGUUCAGUGGCGGAUGCUGAAGUGAUUGAUGCUUGCAACACUUACGGCAUGGCCAUGGCCUUCACCAAGUUGAGACUCUUCCACCACUGA